GCAUUUUACCAAGGAAUUGUCAAUCGCUGAUAAGGAGAACUUUGAUCAUGAAGACUUUUCUCCUUAUUAUAUCGUGGAUAUCCAUUUGUUUCUCCUCUCCAAUCAAUUUGGAAACACGCUUGAAAAGUUUAGAAGAAAGUGACAAGAAGCAUGAACUUGAAAAUUUGUACUUGAAAGAAGCUGUUUCAGUUUUGCAGAAUGAAAACGCAAUAUUAUCAUAUAAAGUUAACAAUCCUGUGCUUAAGAACUCUUAUCAAGAUUUCAGAAAGGACAAGAGAUUGAUCCAUCACGGUUCGGCUAUAGAAGGAAUUGGUUUCUAUGCCUACAUGUCCAGUGACGAGCCGGAUCCGCGAGGUCAUCACACUCUGGUUUACGACGUGACGCAGACGAAUUAUGGAAAUGGAUACAACAAAGAUACCGGUGUAUUUACUGCUCCCAUGGGCGGACUAUAUUCCUUUACAUGGUCUACAAGAGUAGAAUGUCAUCUUGCACAUACUACAGAUCUCGUUAUAAAUGCAAAAAUCAUGGGAAGUACUUACGCCUACUGCGGAUUUAACACCGUUACCGGUCACGUGGUAGCAGCUGUAAACCAGGGUGACGUUGUUUUUAUGCGCACGCAUUCCACAUCUCCAGGUCAAGGUGCAAUUAAAAGUAAUGAAUUCGGAAGGUCUGCCUUUUCUGGAUUUUUAAUUAAAUAAAAAAAGAAGCAUUACUUGUCUUCAAAAACUUUGCUGUAUGUCUGUGUGAAAAUAUUGAAAGGGUUACAAAAGCAUGAUCUGAAAUGAAUAAUUUAGCAAUGAAUGCAUCUAUU